UGCUGAAAGCCAGGUGCCAGCCCACCCUCCUCCCCGGUGCCGCUUGCCCAAGCCUCGCCCCGGAGCUGGAUCUCAGCCAAGACGUCUUCAGGCAGCUGAGAUGAGCGCAGCCGAGAGAGAAACCGAGUGCAAUAGGAGAGGCAAAGGAACACGCCGCGGAGUUGCCGGAGAGACGAGAGGAUGACUCGGAACCCGAUCUAUGACUACCCUGAGCCUUAUGCCAACCCACGGCACGGGGCGGUGGCCUCCCCCCGGAGCAUCAGCCUCGUGGGACGACUGCGCAUCACUCAGCCGGUUUGGCUCCAGCUCGGCAUCAACUCGGCCGCUGCACUUCACAUCCUUCAGAGUGAACCGCCCGGGACAUUUUUAGUGCGGAGAUCAAAUACGCGGCAAUGUCAAGUCCUGUGUUUACGCCUCCCCGACAAUUCAUCGCCGGCUUUUGUGACGACCCGUUGUUUAUGCCAGGAGCGCGCAGUCAUCUUCCUAGAGGGAUCGGAUUUGACCUUUCCCAGCCUCCUGCACCUCAUUGCUUCCUACUGCACAACCCCGGACAUCCUCCCUCUCUCUCUGCGCCUUCCUCUGCUCAUCUGGGAGGCCUCAUCCUGCCAGCAGCUGGAAGCCAUCGCUCACUUGGGGCUUGAAUUUUGGAGCUCAUCCCUGAACACUAAGGAUUUCAGCAGGCCUAUUCCGCCGGUGCCUCUUUCCGGCACGGACAAGGGCCCCACGAGCGACACCCAGGUGGGGAGCUGCGCAAAGCUGGUUUGCGGACAACCCUCCAGAUCCCAUGAUAUUCCCACCUCCCCGCCGGCUGACGGAACACUGCACAAGGAUGUGGGCACCCGGCGCCAGCGCUUCAAGAACAACGUCAAGGUCCAAGUGUCCACAGAGGCUGUCAGCCCCCUGUCCCCACCGGCGGUCCCACCGCCCCCCAUUCCCGUUGGGAAAAAGAAGAAAAAGAACCUGCCCCAGUCUCCUGUCCCCAGUGGGAGAAGCCAGUUACCCAACCGCAACCCUUUUCCUCAAGAUUCCUCACAGGCUGCGGGGAGGUUGGAAACUUACAGCAUACCCCACAGCAAGAAGGAGGAGCUUAUGGGUCAAGCUGGGCGCCCUUUAACCCCUGGUCCUCCUUCUUCACAGCAGCCGCUGCCUGUUAGGGAAGAGGACCAGUCAGGGUUAUCUUGCGUGGGUCACUUUUUCCAGGAACAAGAAAGGGGCAGGUUCGGCAACGGAGUAAAAGGCUGCCUUCUUCCGUCUUCGGAGCCUUCUUGAGCGCCGAUUCCUGGAGCUGCUGGGCUUUUUGGGGGACUUUGAUGACGCAAACGGGGCCAGGAGGUAUUCCCAAAGAAGGCAAGGAUGUCAACAUUAUUAGAGCCAGUGGGUGAAUGGGUCCUAUCCUAGUUUUUGAAUGGGAAUCUGGAGCCACGGAGCAACACUCUAGUCUUAAGUGCUUAGGCGAGGUAGGAGAGAGAAAGAAGAAAAUGUAAUGGAAGGACGGGGAGGGUUGGAGCUCUGGCUUUCCAUUUGCCAGCAGGGUGGAUGGGAUUUGUAGUUUCACAACAUCUGGAAGGCUACAGGCUCCCCACCCAAAAUAUAAUUGCAUCCAAUAAGCUACUUUUCUUGUGUUUUUUCCCCCUUGCACCUUUAGUUUUUUUAAACUAAACUUGUUGCUGUUUGAUGUCCUCUCUCCUAGAGAGGGAAGAGUGUUACACCAUUGCUGAGUCAUGUUUUGCUAUCAAUAAAUAUAAACUACAAUUUCUUAACACAGAAA